AUGCCGGAAUUCGAUGGUGUAGGCCUGAUCACUGCAACUAUAAGGACAGUGGAGAUUAUCUUGGAUAUCUACAAAGUGCUCAAGGACACUGAAAGCCUCCCGGAGGCCUUUAAUAAAGUGGUUAAAAGGCUCCCACUUGUUCAGAGUAACUUCCCAACUAUCGCAAGGAGCAUUAGUACCGAUGCAGACGAGGAGAACUACCAAGCGAUAAGGUCUACCAUGAAGAAGUGCAAGGUCAAGGCAGAGCACUGGAAGGAGAUAUUUGAUGCUGUUGCUUCGUGGGAGGGUACUAUCAGUCUUGGACGCUACAAAAUGGCCACGUGGCGAUCUGGCAAGAUAAACCGAGUGGAAGUCUUGACAAGGGAGAUGUUGGAAGAUGUUGGAUUCCUAGUAGAGAACCGCUCAGUCCAAGUGGCAACUCAACCCCGGGUUGCUCUACUCGAUGAAGCUAUUGAUGAUCUGUCUCGCAUGCCCCCUCGCUCGAGGAUGAUGUCUCGAUCAAUUACGGGCCUGGCAAUCAAUACAUGGACGAUCAUAUCGGGUACAUCAGUUCCAUCAUCAACUUCGGAAAUACCUUCAGCGGCAGCGACAGCAGCGUCACUGCCACCUGGGUCAAAGACGUCCAGCGAGCGGCGGAGAUACCAUCCCUGA